GUCUUCUUUGUCUCUGUCUUGGUCUUCUUAGGUGCGGCGACCUAUGGGAGAAGAGAGUCAGCAGAGAUCGAGCGAUAAAGCUGGAAAAACAGUCUGAUCUCAAGGAACAAAACACAGUUGAUAAUACAGGAACAAAUAAACCACUGGAACCAUAAUGAUAAUGAUCGAGGGCAUUGCCAGACAAGGGGAAGGCAGUUGGCAAGUUGAUGGGGCAGUCUGGGGGUUUGGAUUUGAGACAGGGGUCGUUGACGCGUCGGAGGAGCAUCAUAACAAAGCACAGCUGCAACGUACCUUCUUCUCGACAGCUCCCUCGGCCUUCUUGACAGCAGCCUUAACCUUAGCAGCUGGCUUCUUAGCAGGAGCAGCUUUCUUCUUGGUAACCCCAGUGGGCUUGGAGGCCUUGGUGGCAGUCGCCUUCUUUGGUCCUCUCUUAGCACCUGUGUUGGCGGUCGCACGCUUCUUGGGUGCAGCGGCGGUGGUCUCGGGGACGGUCGGGAAGACUCUUGGGCGAGAGUUGCCUGUAUGUGAAGCUCAGUACCGGAUCACCAAGUUACGCGCUGAGCCAUAUCAAAGGCUGUCGGUGACAGCAGAAGGUUUUAACAAAAACUAACCGGUGGCAGAUCGGGU